AUGACUGAGAACAUUCAGACAUACACUCAUAAGUGCAUGAAUUAUCAGGUUAUGAAAGAAUCUAAGAAAGAAUUAGACUAUGAGAAAGUGCAACAUCAGAUGAAGUUCAUGAAAGCAGUUUCAGAGGUGACAGAGAAGAUGAUGAUGAAGUUUCUACAUGAUGAGAUCUAUAUCAACUAUGAAAUACUGCACAAGAUUCUAACUGAUAAUGAUGUAAAUCUCAUAGAAGAAGUAGUGAGGCAUUUUAUUCAACAGCAUGCAGUCUUCAAGUAUUCAUCAUUCUACCUGUUGUAUGAAUUGCAUCCGCGCAUCUCAGAGAAUGCUUUGAAAAAGAUGAGAAAGAGAACAGCAGUUGCGGACACAACAGUCACAGACACAGCAGAAACAGCAGUUAUAAAUGUAGCAGUAGCAGUUGCAGACACAGCAGUUGUGAAUGCAGAAUCAAGAUUGAAAGAGAUCAGCUAUGCAUAUAUAAAAGCUAAUGAGUUACUUCUGAACUGA